AUGGCAUCAGAGGGGCAAGCACAGAACACUUCGACUGAGGUUACAGCCACAACAGACACGUCGGGCACGUCAGCACCCGCUCCCCAGUCCGGGAGCCCGAGUAGAGUCGAAGAGCCACCGCCUGUGGACGCGAUUGACUCGAGCGACGCUGACUCCGGUUACAAUGAUUCUUCGUUGUCUAGCACUGCAUCACUAAGGUCGAGCAUAUACGAGUUUGAUCAGGAAAAUGGCCGGACAUACCAAAGAGGUUCCGAGUACGUGAUGCCCAACGAUGAAGAGGAGCAACGACGAAUGGACAUACAUUAUCACAGCCUUCGAUUUGCUAUACGAGAUCGCCUUUACUAUGCGCCUAUCGAGAACCCAACUUCAGUCAUUGAUGUGGGGACCGGGACCGGGAUCUGGGCCAUGGACAUGGCUGAUAACUACCCUGCGGCCCAAGUGUUGGGUAUUGACCUCAGUCCGAUCCAGCCGACGUGGGUGGCACCAAAUCUCGAAUUCCAGAUUUUCGAUCUAGAACAAACUUGGGACAUGCCGCAACGGUUUGACCUGGUCCACAGCCGAGAAAUGAACGGGUUCUCGAUCAAAAGCUGGCCAAAAUACUUUGAGCAAGCAUUUCUGUCACUCAAGCCUGGUGGUUGGGUCGAAUGCCAGGAAUUCGACCUUGACAUCAAAAGUGAUGAUAACACAAUUCCGGAAGACAGUAACUUGAUCAAGUGGCAAAACCUGUGGGAAGAAGGGAUCCAAAAGGCAGGCCUGACAGGAAGAUGUUAUCCUGAGAAAAUGGUUGAGCAGCUCAAGGAGGCUGGCUUUAUCAAUACUCGAAUCUUGCCGUUCAAGAUGCCGACGGGACCAUGGGCCAAAGAUCCCAUGCUCCGACAGUCUGGGCUGUGCGUGCUCGCUGGGAUGCUCGAUGGCAUGACAGGACUGAGCAUGAGGGUCUUUACGCAGCUCUUGGGUUGGUCGGUUGAAGAGAUGGAGAUCUUGCUGGCUAAAGCAAAAGUGGAACUCAAGAACAAACGCAUUCACAGCUAUUUCCCCAUUUACAUCGUUUAUGGGCAGAAGCCACCACUCUAA